AUGAUGAUGUAUUGUUGGUAUUUUCUAUGCCUUUUACAGCGUAUAGUAGGAGGUGAGGCAUCAGAUAUCAAUUCUGAUCUACCUACCAUUCAGAUAGCUGGUAAUAAGUUCUUCAAUUCGAAAACUGGAGAACAAUUCUUUCUCAAGGGUAUCGCUUAUCAGCCAAGUAGAUCAUUAGAUGAACUUACUGCUGAUGAUACUGUUUAUGAUACAACUUAUAUUGAUCCACUAGCUGAUACCUCAAUUUGUUUGAGAGAUCUACCGUAUUUGACGAAGCUACAUGUUAACACAGUAAGAGUUUAUUCUGUUGACCCAACAAAAGAUCAUGACGAAUGUAUGAAUGCUUUUGCAGAGGCUGGCAUUUAUGUUCUUUUGGAUUUGAGUGAGCCAGAUGUAUCAAUAUCCCGCGAUUCUCCUUCAUGGGAUGUUCAAACCUUUCAACGUUAUAAAGAUGUCGUGGACUCUAUGAGUAAAUAUGACAACAUCUUGGGAUAUUUUGCAGGAAACGAGGUUACCAAUGACAAAACCAACACAGAUGCGUCUCCAUUUGUUAAAGCAUCAAUUCGUGAUAUUAAGAAACACAUAGAAAGUAAAGGAUAUCGAAAGAUUCCAGUUGGAUAUUCGACCAACGAUGAUAGUGAUACAAGAGAUGCUCUAGCCGAUUACUUCGUUUGUGGGGAAUAUGCAGCUGAUUUUUACGGUAUUAACAUGUAUGAAUGGUGCGGUUACUCCAGUUAUGGAGGAAGUGGGUACCGUGAAAGGACCAUAGAGUUUAAGAACUUUCCGGUGCCAGUCUUCUUCUCGGAGUUCGGAUGUAACGCUGUUAGACCAAGGCCCUUUACAGAAGUAGGAGCUCUCUACGGACCAUUAAUGACGCCCGUGUGGUCCGGAGGUCUAGUAUACAUGUACUUCGAAGAAGAGAAUGAAUAUGGAGUGGUUAAAGUGACUAAAAACGGUCAAGUGAUUGAAUUGGAAGAUUUCAAAUACCUUCAAAAUGAGUUCGAGAAGGCUAAACCCAAGACAGUUUCCUUGCAAAAGCAUUUGGAGUCUGAAAAACCAGCAGCACGUAAGUGUCCACAAAAAAGUAAACUAUGGAAAGCAUCUCUGGACCUUCCCCCGGAGCCUGACUUUGAUAAGUGCAAAUGUUUGGAAGAGCUGUUGCCGUGUCUUUCUUCCCCAUUCAAGGAAUCAAAGUCUUAUAAGUCAUACUUUGAUUAUGUUUGUGCUCAAAUUGACUGCUCAGACAUUAGCAAUAAUGGAGCAGAAGGAGAAUACGGAGAGUUUGCCGAUUGUAAUGCAAGACAGAAACUUAGCUUACAGUUGAGUAAACUAUAUUAUGCAUCUGGCAAAGGUGGAAGUACGUGUCCGUUAGCCAAUGAGGACAUUUAUUUUAACUUCAAAAGCUACAAUACAAAAACCCAGUGUCAAGCCUUAAUCAAAUCGGUUCAAGAUUCUGUUAACACAAAAAAAUCAAUUAAAGUUCCAACCAAUGAUCAAGAUAUCAGUAAUCUUGGUAAUUCGCAAAAAAUAUGUUCCAUCCUGCUUCUUUUGACAGCUAUGACAUACACGUUCUUUUUAUAA